AUGGCGAUUGCUCUGCUGUCGGUGCCCACAACGCCCUCUCUAGCAGCCCUGCGGCCUGCCCAGGCGGCCCCAGGAUCGCAGCCACGUGUCCUGCCGCAGCGCCAGCAGCAGCAGCAGCAGUGGCGGCGGCGGCGGCGGUGUGGCGGCCCGCGGCGGCGGCUCGCGGCGGCGGCGGCGGCGGGAGCAGCGGAAGCGGCGGGCGCGGCGCCGGCGGGCCACAGCGCGCAGCCUUGGAUCAACCCUGCCGCGCUGCGCAAGGUGACCGCGGCGGCAGACGCCAACGAAGCCCUCGACCUGCUGUGCUCCGAGCUCUGCUGCAGCGGCUUCCCCGGCGCCGCCCAGCCUCGGCUGGAGGAGGGGCAGUGCCGCGAGCUGCUGCUGGCGGCCCUGGACCGCGGCAACUCGGCGCUGGCACUGUCCGUGUUUCGCGCCAUGAGCUCCGCGGCGGCAGCCGGCAGCGGCAGCGCCUCCUCCCUCCUCGCGUCCCUCGACGGCGACGCGGCCGGCGGCGGCGGCGGCCCCGGCCUGGCCUGGCCGCCAGCCUCCAUCCAGACGGCGGCGGCGCUGGUGGUGGGGCUGUCGCGGGUGCUGCUCACGCGGGAAGCCAUCGCGCUGAUCAACUCUGUCCGCAGCCGCGGCCUGGCAUCGACAGAAGACGUGUGCUUUGGGCACGUCGUGGGGUGCCCGCAGGACGGCACCAAGCCGCUGGCUGUGGUGCAGCCUCAGGAGGGAGUCAAGACGGUGGCAGACUCGUUCAGCAGGUACGAGUACGAGCUGUUCUCCGGCCAAGUGGCGGCAGCCACCUCCGAGUCCCUUGUGUCGGACCAGAACUGGCUGCUGGCGGCGGCGCGGCGCGUGGGCCUGCUGCGGCGCCCCGCGGUGGGAGCCGCGCACACGCUGCUGAUUGAGACGCCCUCGGGGCAGCAGCGCACGUUUAGAGUGGGCACCCCCACCGCCGACGUUCCCGCCAAGGUCGGCGACCGAGUGACGGUGGUGUGCGCCCCGCAGCGCUCCCUGCUGGCCCAGCGGCGGCUGCUCAGCGCGGCGCCGCACGGCACCAAGCCAGGCGAGGCGCUGUCUCUGAGCAACCACACCACGCGCAGCGAGUGUGCGCUGCUGCGGCCGCCGGGGCCCGGCGCCAGCGGCGGCCUGCCCAGCUGGGCGCUGCCUGCGGCGGUGGUGCUGAGCGCGGGGGAUGCGGCCACCAGCCUGAUCGACCCUGCGCUGCCACUGAUUGCGGCGGGCGCGGUGGUUGCGACGGUCGCGUCAGGCGUGGCCGGCAACGCGCUGCUGCUGCCGCGCCUCAAGCAGCUGCCGGCCCGGGCCCUGGAGGUGCAGGCGACCCGCCAGAGGCUGCUGGGCCAGCCUCCCGACUGCUUGUAUGGGCUGCUGCUUGGUUGUGUGGGCUUCUGCCUGCCUGUGCUGUGGCAGCUGCAGAGCAAGAUGGCGGCGGUGGGCGGGGGCGGCACAUAUGAGGCGCGGCUGGAGCGUGUGGUGGAGGCGCGGGCCGGCAUCGAGCAGCGGCUGCAGAAGCGCAUCGAGCUGGUGGACUCGUAUGCCCGCGUCAUUGCCAUGAUUGAGAUUGAGGUGGAGAUGGACUCAGACCUGCCCGCUGCAGAAGUGCUGGGCAUCGAGGAGCAGAUCCAGCGGCUGAGCGAGAUAGAGUCGCUGCAGGAGGAGUGGCAGAUACAGGCCGAGGCGCAGGAUGAGGUGGAGCGCAUGCUGCGCAGCUCGGCCAUCUGA